UCGUCGUCGGCGGAUCUGAAUCUCGCUCACACUCUUCUCUACCGCUGAUUAUAUCACUUUGCCAAUUGCCAAACCUGCGCCGCCCUCUCUUCUGUGAUCUCCCCUUCCUCAAAUGGCAUCCGAAGGUAUCCUCCUCGGGAUGGGCAACCCUCUCCUCGAUAUCUCGGCCGUUGUCGAUGACGAGUUUUUGCAAAAAUACGGCAUCAAGUUGAACGAUGCAAUUCUUGCGGAGGAAAAGCACAAACCUAUGUACGAAGAAUUGGCAACAAAGUAUAACGUGGAGUAUAUUGCCGGAGGUGCUACUCAGAAUUCUAUCAGAGUUGCACAGUGGAUGCUUCAAAUACCUGGUGCAACAAGUUACAUGGGUGCCAUAGGAAAGGACAAGUUUGGGGAGGAGAUGAAGAAGAACUCAAAGCAAGCUGGUGUAAAUGUCCACUACUAUGAAGAUGAAACUGCACCCACUGGCACUUGUGCUGUUUGUGUAAUUGGUGGUGAAAGGUCUCUUGUUGCCAAUUUAUCAGCUGCAAAUUGCUACAAGUCUGAUCAUUUGAAGAAACCAGAAAACUGGGCUUUAGUUGAAAAGGCCAAGUAUAUCUAUAUAGCUGGCUUUUUCCUUACUGUAUCACCAGAAUCCAUUCAAUUGGUUGCUGAGCAUGCGGCAGCAAAUAACAAGUUCUUCUUGAUGAACCUUUCUGCCCCAUUCAUCUGUGAGUUCUUCAGAGAUGUGCAGGAAAAGGCUCUGCAGUAUGUGGACUUCGUUUUUGGAAAUGAGACCGAAGCUAGAACUUUUGCUAAAGUCCAUGGUUGGGAGACUGACAAGGUGGAGGAGAUAGCUGUUAAGAUCUCCCAAUGGCCAAAGGCAUCCGGAAAGCAUAAAAGAAUUACUGUUAUCACACAGGGUGCAGAUCCUGUGUGCGUUGCUGAGGAGGAUGGCAAGGUGAACUUGUUUCCUGUGACACCGUUACCUAAAGAGAAACUGGUUGAUACAAAUGGAGCAGGUGAUGCAUUUGUUGGAGGGUUUCUUUCACAGCUGGUUCUGGGAAAGCCCAUUGAAGAAUGCGUGAGGGCUGGCUGUUAUGCAGCAAAUGUUAUCAUCCAAAGGUCAGGCUGCACCUACCCGGAGAAGCCUGAUUUUCAAUGAAUGUAGUUUCCCCGAACUUGGACGUCCUUGAGAAAUUUUGGUUGUUAAAGUGUCGUUUGUGUCAUUUUGAUUCUCAUCCAAUCGUACUUAUCUAAUUACUUGCCGGUCUUUGUAAUGACCGGGGCAUUGGGGAUAUAUUGUUGUAAUUCCGGCUGGUGAAAAUACUCAAAAGAAGUUGCUGAGAACGGAGGCAAUAACUGGAAUACGAAAAUAGCUCCCCCUGCAUAAUUUAAAUCUAGCAAGAGCAUGUUUUCGUC